AUGUCAAACAAUCACAACAACACUGUCAAUCCUUCUUUUCUCGUCCCGCCCCUUCCUGUUCGAAAACAGGUACCAUCGCAGAAUCCGCGAUUAGAUACCAACAAUCUAGCAUUAAGUCUCGAUUCGAAGGAAAGACCCCGCUCUGCAGUCAAUCGACCUGCACCUACUCCCCUUCAUCUUCAUAGAAGGAGUUACAGUUCCAUCUCGAGUCUUCCGGUGAUACCCAGCGCCUCGCAUGAGCCUAGCUCAAUGUCAUACCAAUGGCCCCCACCAGGAUACGAUUCCCAGAUAUACAGUACUGCCAUUCAACAACAAGUGCAAUCCAAUGACGAAAAAACACCGUUAAAUUUAGCUUUAGGUCCCGGACAAGAUGUUCUCGAAAUGAUGGGUAUGCAACCUUCAGGUAUACCUAUUUCGGGACCGACUAUGGACCCGAACGAUAAUCCUGGCUACAACAACUAUCAAUUUGGUGGAUCGUACUCAUAUAGACCUUCCCUCAAUGUUGAUACCAGCAAUUCUUCCUUCCUGACUCCUCGGACACCAGCACAGUUCCCUCCAAACUCGGCUUACUCCUCAAAUCCACCUUCAGGACUUCCAACAGAUGGUGCUUCAACAGAUGGAGAAAUCGUUACCCCCGGAUUACCAAUUCAAUACAACAACAACUAUAAUGGUUAUCAGCCUAAUCCCAAUAAUACAGAUUUUUUCCCUUCUACUGAGAGACAAUCAGUUUCUUUUCGAAAUUUCCCCCAAUACAUGCCUUCGCAAACUACUUUUCAGCCCUCGCCACAGCUGUAUCAACCUCAACAACAGGGCACGAUUUCUCCUUCGCAACUUGGUACUAGUCAGAACCCAAAACCGACCAAGUCCUUUAGUGAUCUGAUGAUGGGAAGUAGAGCAUCAUCGACCUCUUCUAGUUCUGCUGAAGGUCAACAUGAUUGGAGCGGAAACGUGCUGGAUGACUGGACAAGACCAUUAGGCAAAGCACUGAAUCACGAAUCUCAGCCAAACGCUGCUAUCGAUUAUUCGAAUUUAGCUGGUCCGUCAAGGCAAAACGCAGUAUCUGUACCGUCAUCAUUACAGCUGUCCACAACCCCUGGUGAAAUACUUGACGAAACAAUGAGACGAUACGUCCAUUCAUCGAAUCGUCUUGCUUUAGGAGAAAGGAAGCUUGUCGUGAUGAGUCCCAAAGUGGGGCAGAAGAGUUACGGAACCGAAAAAAGGUUCCUUUGUCCCCAUCCUCAAGCUAUUCUCAUUGGAGGUGCAUGGUGGAGCAAAGCUCAGGAUGGCUGUCCGGUAUCACCUCUUGUGGCUCCCAGAGUCAAUAUCAGCUUGACGGGUGAAAUGCCCGUGAAAGAUGCCGUGGUGAGCUGGACGUCGGUCGAAGGGCGUAAUCUAGAUGAGAAGAACAACACGAUAGCUAUCAACGUGGAUGAUCAACCUUUCCUGGGUAAUGUUGCUGGAAAGAACCUCCACAUCUCCGACGCCGAUGGUAAACGACGUGACGUCAAGGCAUUGGUCACUAUCAAGGCUCCCAUGAAGGUAUUUGCUGGACCUAACGGAUGGGGAAUACAGAAAAAUACGCUGAAAGACAUCAACGAUGACAAAAUUCUUGGAGUGUUUGAGAGCAAAGAAAUCAAAGUGAUCAGCAAACCUAGCAAGAAAAAAUCGAGUGCUAAAGCUGGAGAAAUGAUCAUUGGUCACGGUUCAACAAUCGCUUUGUUCAAUCGGGUUAAAUCACAAACCACCUCAACUCGAUACCUUUCCGUUGUACCUGAUUUCACUCGUAUAACGGGUUCCGAUGGUUUGCCGGUCACUGGCGCUCAGCAGCCUAAUUACCCAAACCCUCAAUCCGCUUUCAACGGUUUCACGGCGGAUGCAAAUAAUUGGGAAUCGUUCAUAAUAUGGCUUGUUGAUCCUAAUCGACCCAGCGGACCGAGUGGAGCACCUCCUCCUCAUCCUGACUGGCCUUCUCCUCCCGCCAACAUUAUUGCACCUAGCAUGCUCGUCCCUCCAAUCAGGUACAACUCAACCGUCGUUCUCCAAUCUCUGCAAACUGGAGUAAUUUCCCCAGCGAUGAUUGUCAGGAGGAUCGAAGCGGACGCCGACGCUGUAGGUAUGGACGGGCACAACGCAGACGCACCCACAUCGUUGCCUAUGGGCGAACAUGCUGGUGAUCUCGUUUCACAACUUCAGAAAGUCGCCUUUGAAGUUUAUCGACAAGACACCAUGGAGCGAUUAUCAGACAAUCCAGAGUAUGGAGGAACAUGGAUGGCAUGCGUUCAAGAAGCUGUAUCUGACCAAUACGUGACUGCGGAACGGAAAUGGACGCCAGUACAGGUCACUCAUAGAGGUGGUACAAGACCUAAUUCAGUACCAAAUACACCCCAACAGAGAUUUGGUGUUUUGCCAAUGACACCUCAUAACGCCCCGUUGAACUUACCGUCAACCCCGUCAAGUCCAGUCAGCUCUUCUUCUUCCUUGGAUUAUUUCGGUGCGCAUAGUAGAAAAUCUUCUUCUCAUUCUAUAUUAUCACCUAAUAUCCCUGAAGUACCUCUCCCUUUAUCGACAGAUGGAGGACCGGUUCGCAGACAUCGGUCAGGUUCAACGAGUAAAGGUCCCUUCAUAAGACCAUUGCAUAAGAAACGAGGAUCUUCUUCUGGUUCUUUCGAAUAUUUACCCUCACCCGCGACGACCGCUUCCCCGGAGACACAUCGAAUGCAGUGGACAAUGGAUGUUGGAGAUAUCUGUAUAUGGAGUAUUGUCAGUACCGAGCAAACGACAUAUACAUUUUAUGUUCCGCCAUACGCCAAUGAUUAUGUUGAACCCUACGCUCCGUUCCCAGUGGCACAUCGAAUGUUACCUUCCAAUCUUAGUGCCGAAGUUCCAGCAAGAUAUAACCAACAAUGGACUUCUCAGACGGAAGCUUCUCUCUUAACUCUAUACGGAAAGAAUUUCGUCAGAACACCCGACGGACAUCCUCAUCAUAACAUCUAUUUCGGAAGUACACCUGCUUCUUACAAUGAAGUCAGAUGUCAAGAAGUAAUGGCUGCCGCUGAACCAUACCUACCGCCAGGAACGAAAACACCAAUUUUCUUGGUCCGAGACGAUGGAGGGGUAAUCGUUCCCACAAACCUGACUUAUCCACCUACCUAA